AUGGCAAGAGCAAUUGCAACGAUACUACUCAUGGCUAUCGUGCUUGUUGCCGCUAUGCAAUUGGCGAGUUCCGUCGACAUCACGCACACGGACUUGGAGUCGGAGAAGUCCCUGUGGGCACUGUACGAUCGCUGGUGCGAGCAUCACAAUGUGGGACGCGACCUCGGCGAAAAGGCCCGGCGCUUCAGCGUGUUUAAGGAGAACGCUCGCAUGGUCCACAAAUUCAACCAAGGUGACGCACGCUACAAGCUUAGCCUCAACCUCUUUGGUGACAUGACCGAUGAAGAGGUCGACGGCGGGUACGGUCGCUGCUCCAACCCCUUGCCAAACAGCGCGAAGCAGCGCCAAGGCCGGGUCACACAUGGCGUCCUUGCCACGCGUGACAACUACCCAAUGUACGUGGACUGGCGCAUGACAGGGUACGACCAACGCCCGUCAGCGGUGACAAACGUGAAGAACCAGAGAGGGUGUGGGGCUUGUUGGGCCUUCGCGGCGACAGCCGCGGUGGAGGGCAUCAAUUCCAUCAGGACCAGGAAGCUGGUGUCGUUUUCCGCGCAGCAGCUGGUAGACUGCGAUAAAGGAAGUGCCGGUUGUGGUGGCGGCAAUGCGAUAUUGGCUUUCAAGUACAUGAUGGGCCACGUCGGAAUCUCGACAGAGGCCGACUACCCGUACUAUGCCGAUGAGCAAGGCUACUGCUUGGUGCCAAAACGAAAGAACCCCGUCGUCACCAUCGACGGCUUCAAAGAGGUACCGCCAAAAGACGAGGUGGCGUUGCUGCAGGCGGUGGCGGCCCAACCCGUCGUUGUGGUGGUUGACACGAAGACAUUCCGACGCUAUGGAGGAGGCGUCUUUGUUGGUCCGUGUGGGACGAAUCGGACCCACUCAAUGACGAUGGUGGGCUAUGGCACCACAGAUGAGACUGACCCCAUAGAUUACUGGAUCAUAAAGAACUCGUGGGGGCCAAAAUGGGGUGAAGACGGCUACAUCCGCUUGGCGCGAGGCGUGAGCGGUGGCACCAACGAGGGCUUAUGCGGCAUCCUGAUGGAAGCGUCGUACCCAGUGAAAAAUUAA